AUGCAGUGGGAUGCUUUGAGGGAAUACAGGGUACCUGAGGGCAUCAGAGAGUUCCGCCUGUCCAGUAACAUCGCUCGAUUUGCCACUUCCAUCAGACGUGGCGCGAUGGCCGAUCUCACCAAACGCGAUGAAUAUGAGCUCAUCAGGGAGCUUAUUCUCAUUGACGAGCACAUGAUACCAUCAGAACCUGGUUAUUCUCUCUACAUUCGUCCAACGUGUAUUGGAACUCAAGCUAGUCUUGGGGUAUUUCCCCCUACAGCUGCCAAAAUAUUCGUCAUCACCUGUCCUGUCGGCCCAUACUAUAGAUCAGGGUUCAAACCAGUGUCUUUGCUAGCAUCGACGAAAACUGUCCGUGCGUGGCCAGGAAGCACUGGGGCUCAGAAGCUUGGUAGUAACUAUGGUCCGACACUACUACCCUUGCGGGAAGCUAUUGAGAUGGGCUACUCGCAAAUAUUAUGGUUGUUGCCGACUGAUGUGACGGCAAAGGACUACUACGUAACGGAGGUUGGUACGAUGAACCUGUUUCUGGUAUUUCGUACGCCGGAUGGUAUAGAAGUGACAACACCAUCCUUGAGUGAUGUGAUCCUGCCAGGAAUAACCCGAGACUCAGCAUUACAAGUUCUGACAUCUAAUAAUGCGCCACCUGGUAUAAAGGUUUCGGAAAGAGAUGUCACUAUGAAUGAAGUCAUCGAAGCUUUCGAGACUGGCAAUCUCUUGGAAGUGUUCGGUACCGGUACAGCAGCUAUUGUAUGUCCGGUUGAUCUGAUCCACUACAAGGGAAAGGAUAUUCGUAUACCGGUUGAUGAGCGAGUCGGAGCUGGCCCUAUCUGCAAAUUCGUCCUGGACACUAUUAAUCAUCCUUCGAGGCUUUCUGGCAAAUCAGAGACUGCAAGUUCUCUCGAGAGGGUCCAGAGGGCGGAUAGCGUUUGGCCCUAUCCUACGAAGAGAUUGCAAUUGCAAGGCAGGACUCUCAUACUGAAAACUCCUGGUGGUGUAGUUGAGGAAUCCUGUAGGCUUGAGCUUCAUACGAGACGUGGUAGAUCACCCAGUGUGUUGCAGACCAGCCUCAAAACUAAUGAUAACAUGUUCGGGCCUUGUAUUUUUUGUGAGCAUCGACUGCCAAUCCCAAAAAUGGUUCAUAGAGCGAAGACACUACUGAGAUUAUUGAAGGUUGUUAUCAUCCUAUUGAAUGCCUACAACCUAUACGGUAAGGAGGAGCAGAUACAACGACUAAAGCAAUUGUUGGAGAUGAUGAAGAGCUUACCAAAGGGGGAUGUCACCAACGAGGAUGGUGAUAAGAUUGUUGAUAUCGAGGAGAAGCUAGACGAUAGCAAGGCGCCAGCCUCCAAGGCCCCUCAAGUGGUCUCUUCCUCAUCAUCAUCGGCAGCAGUCGAAGAAAAGGAGAUCGAGAUAAAACGGAAGGAGAUGGUUAAGUGGUGGGCAGCUGUUAUGGAGGAAACUCCCUCUUAUGAUGAGCCCGACUAUGACGAGAGGGAACUAAACCAAGGGGCUCAGGCAAUGCCAACGACUAGCAACACCACAGAUCGGGUGCCCGAAACGACCACCACUACUGAUGCCUUCACCGGUACUGUGGCUGAGCAUGGAGAAAAUAAGGUGGAGAAAAAUGAAGAUGCGCCCAAGCGGAUGUCGAAAUUUAAGAUGGACAGAGCAGCUAAGAAAGGCUUUGGCGGGAUGUUCGCGGCCCGACACGGUAUUCCAAUGGGAGGCGGGCAGAAUUCCCAACCCGGGCAGUAG